CCCGACCCGACCAUUGUUUUUCUGCAGACCGUUGACCAUCACCCUUCUCUUCGAACACCUCUUCAUCUCGUCGUCAGUCUUCUAGAUACCUGCUUCCCUUGUAGCGACUACAAAUAUGUUGGCUUCAAGAUUAUCCAGAGCUCUCCCCAGAGCUACAUCUUCCGCCACACGAUCAGCAAAUCUUCUUCGCCCACUUCUCGGUCCAUCGUUUGUUAGAAAGUACUCAGAUGAUGCCGACAAGAAGGUUCGGGGACCAGUCAUUGGUAUUGACUUGGGAACCACCAAUUCUGCAGUAGCUAUCAUGGAAGGCACGGCUGCGAAGAUAAUUGAGAACUCUGAAGGUGCUAGAACAACGCCGUCGGUGGUCGCAUUUGCACAAGAUGGUGAGAGAUUGGUUGGUGUCUCUGCAAAGCGACAAGCUGUUGUCAACCCCGAGAAUACUCUGUUCGCCACAAAGCGUCUGAUUGGACGCAAGUUCACUGACGCUGAGGUUCAACGGGACAUCAAGGAGGUUCCAUACAAGAUUGUGCAGCACACAAACGGCGACGCUUGGGUUGAGGCACGCGGCCAAAAAUACUCGCCUUCUCAAAUUGGAGGAUUUGUUCUACAAAAGAUGAAGGAGACAGCGGAGGCAUACCUCACCAAGCCCGUCCAAAACGCCGUCGUCACUGUCCCUGCUUACUUCAACGACUCCCAGCGUCAAGCAACAAAAGAUGCCGGCCAAAUCGCUGGUCUCAAUGUUCUCCGAGUAGUCAACGAGCCUACUGCAGCUGCCCUGGCCUAUGGCCUUGACAAGGACCAGGACAAGAUCAUUGCAGUCUAUGACUUGGGUGGAGGAACUUUCGAUAUCUCCGUUCUUGAAAUCCAAAAGGGUGUUUUCGAGGUCAAGUCCACCAACGGUGAUACUCAUUUGGGUGGUGAAGAUUUUGAUAUCCAUUUGGUCCGCCACUUGGUCCAACAGUUCAAGAAGGACUCUGGUAUCGACCUCUCCAGCGACCGUAUGGCUAUCCAGCGGAUCCGCGAGGCUGCCGAGAAGGCCAAGAUUGAACUGUCAUCUUCCAUGCAGACUGAUAUCAACCUCCCCUUCAUCACUGCCGACUCGUCUGGACCCAAGCACAUCAACUCUAAGCUCUCUCGAUCACAACUUGAGAAGCUUGUUGACCCUCUUAUUAGCCGCACCAUAGACCCAGUUCGUAAGGCCCUGAAGGAUGCCAACCUUCAGGCAAAAGAUAUCCAGGAGGUUAUCUUGGUUGGUGGGAUGACUCGUAUGCCAAAGGUUGCGGAGUCUGUUAAAAGCAUUUUCGGUCGUGACCCAGCGAAGUCUGUCAACCCGGAUGAGGCUGUUGCCAUGGGAGCUGCUAUUCAAGGUGGCGUUCUUGCUGGCAACGUUACUGAUGUCCUCCUUUUGGAUGUCACACCCCUCUCUCUCGGUAUCGAAACUCUCGGAGGUGUUUUCACUCGCUUGAUCAACCGCAACACCACCAUCCCAACCAAGAAGUCUCAAGUCUUCUCCACCGCUGCCGACUUCCAGACCGCAGUCGAAAUCAAGGUCUACCAGGGUGAGCGUGAACUUGUUCGCGACAACAAGAUGCUUGGAAACUUCCAGCUAACCGGUAUUCCACCUGCGCACCGAGGUGUACCGCAAGUCGAGGUUACUUUCGACAUUGAUGCCGAUGCAAUCGUCCAUGUCCACGCCAAAGACAAGUCUACGAACAAGGAUCAGUCCAUCACCAUUGCUUCAGGAUCUGGUCUCUCCGAUCAAGAGAUUCAAAACAUGGUUGAUGACUCUGAGCGUUACGCAGAGCAAGAUAAGGAGCGAAAGGCUGCUAUCGAAGCUGCCAACCGAUCUGACAGCGUCUUGAACGAUACCGAAAAGGCCCUGAACGAGUUUGCCGACAGACUCGACAAGGCUGAGGCUGACCAGAUCCGCGAGAAGAUCACCACUCUCCGUGAAUUUGUCAGCAAGAGCCAAUCUGGCGAGGGCACAGCCACGGCUGCUGAGCUCAAGGAAAAGACCGAUGAGCUCCAAAUGGCCAGCUUGAACCUGUUCGACAAGAUGCACAAGGCUCGUACGGAGUCCGGGGAAGCUCAACCUGGGAACACUGGAGAGGCGAACACUUCAGAAGGUGAAGCCAAGGAUGGUGAGAAGAAGUCAUGAAAAAUGAAAUAGAAAGACGAUUUCGUUGUGUUGUUAGUGUUCUGGGCAGCUUGCAUAGACCUCUCCUGUACCCACCUGUACCAUAUGUUGCACUGGCAACUCUUCUCUGUUGUCAUACCUACCUACAUCUUGUUUCUCAUAGCUUUGGGGGCAAAAGGCGUUGGAGAGCUCGCAUUGCUUUGCGCUUCUUUUACAGCGUUCGGAGCUUAUGUGGAGGAUGGCUGCACAGAAAAAGCGCAUAACUGUGGCUGUAUAAAACUUAGGAUAAGACGACGAAUAAUAUGACAUCCCCUCUCAUAACAUAUGACAUCCUAGCAGUACAUCUUGGAUUCCUUGCUCGCCAUGCCCAGCUAUGCGAGGUGCGGCACGGGACGUGGACAAUUACCCUGUGAGAGGGUAGAAGGAAAUGACGGAUGGACCAGUGGAGGGUGUUGCAUAUUCUAAG